AUUUUAAAUAUUUGCGUACAAGCGAGACGUUUGUUUAGAAUGAAUAAAUAAACCAGUUUUCUGUUGGCAUGGUUUAGCAUUCGUUUGACGUGAAUGCAACGAUAAAUAAUUACUCGGGUAGAUACUAAGCAACGAGUUUGUUUAUUGUGGCAGCCAGCUAUCACAAUCGGGGAGCUAAAAUUCCUGCAAAUGUUUUGCAAAGGUAUUCCCUAAAAAGACGCCUUUAGUGACACACCGGUUGCCAAGAUGUCCACAAGGAAAAGUGCUAGUUCGCUCCUGCCGGGAACAAAACCCACUACGUCGAGCCAUCGUUCUGUGCUGCAAGGAACGAAAAACUUCGUCUGGAAUAGGGAAGAAAUAUCGUCCAACUUGCCGUACCACAACCAUAACUAUGAGAUCCCGUUCAAUAAACCACCGAAUGAGGUUAACUUUAUGGGUGGACUCGGUAGCAAAAAACCCAACUUUCGUUCAAAGGUACAUCCCCAACGUUUCUCCACGGUGCAAAAGUUGAUGCGAAUGCGAACGUCCAACCGUAUACUGGAAACGUUGACGGAAGAUCUGCGCAAUGUGAACCUCUGCCGCCAUCGGGGUGAUCAACGCCGGAAGGCAAAAAAUGUCACCGAGUUCAUACGCAAAAUGACGGAUGAACUUCAGACCGCGGGUAAUAUUGAGCAUUCAACACCAUCCGAUCAGUCGGACGUGUUACGUUGUACCGUGCGUAAAAAGAUGACGAAUGACGAUUAUCGUGAGAUGAUCAAGCGGUUGGACAAGAUACUGUUGGAGGAUGAUCGACCAUCAGCCGGUCAGAAUGUUUCCUUUCGCGAUUGGGCAAUGCGGGAGCGUUAUAAUUUUCAGAAUCGCAGCAACAUUGAGAUGAUGAAACGUGAAAGGGAAACACUGGAAUCGGAACUAUGUUCCUCGGUGGACACACGCUCGCACGAGUACAUUUCGAACGAAGGACGUCGGGUGACGAAAGUUCGCCGUUCGACCAAAAUCCCGCACGUGGAAGGCCACAUGUACGGUCCGUUUACACGGCUUCCGAUCGAGGAUCCAUUGCUGGAGAAUGAAACCAAGUUUGGGAUUCCGCUGAGUCUGCUGGUACGGUCGUACCGCGAGAUGGACACCAAGAAGGAAGGUGAGCGUAACCUAAUUGAUACCCGCCUAUCUCACAUGAGGAUUCCAUUGUGUCCGAAAAGCAGUGAUUCCUCCGAGGACGAGGACCAGAUGGAGGAGGUCAAGAUCCUUUCCUUCCUGCGGACACCCUACUUCCCCAUACCGACGAUAAAGCGGCAGAAGAAGCGGCGCAAGGAUCGGUUACGUAGCCGCUGGCUGCAGAAGAACCGGCUCAAGCGCAUCACUAUGCUGCUGUACGAUCGAUCCCUGGAGAACAUGCGAGCUGGUCGGCGAAGGAAGAACAAGCACGUGGAUGCCGGCGCUAACUCUUCGCGAGCUUCUAGCACUGGUCGAUCGUGUUCAGAUCACCGUAAAACAUCCGCAUCGAAGGAACCGGCCCAAAAGAAGGUUGUGAGUGAGAAACGGCAACGGUACUAUCGCUUCAUAGAAGAUAAGUCGCAGCAGUAUCGUCGGAUGUACGAUGAAAGUUUGCAGCAACGCAUGACGAGCUUUCAGGAUUUUAAAGCAAGUGAAACUGCAUCCGAUGACAAUCGGUCGGAAACAAGCAGAAAAAAGGCGAAACUACAAGGGCUCCGGUUGGAGGAACAGAAACCGACGGCUGAGAAGUUGGAGCUUACCUUUCCACCGAAUCGAUUCAAGAGCCUGUCCAAGAAUGAUACCCGCAAAGGAGCGUUUUAUAUCGAUCCCGAGUUUUACGAUAAAAUGCGUGAUUUUAAGCGAUAUAAGCAAAGGUCCAAAUAUUACACCAGCCUGAUGCGUUCACGUCCAGAUGUGCGCCAACGGUUGCAAGUAAACGCACCUGAGUUCGAAGAGGAACAGCUUGGUGCGGCGACCAAGUAUUUCAGCCGUUUAGCUACCGAAUGGGACAACUACUACAUUCACGAGCUGCGUUACCGGCCGCGGGUGCGCAAGUUUUGCCCAAAGACGGACAUUCUCAAUAUGCGUGAUCAGCGUCGGAAGGUGUUCCUGCAGCACUUUAUCGAGGAGAACCUUCUGCAGCGCCGUGCCCGACAAAGUUUGGAGCGUCAGUAUGCGAACUGGAUUAAAAACUUCUGCAAGCGCAUAAGGCCACUGUUCAAAGUUUGGAAAGAAGAAGCAUACUCGAAGCUGGUAGCGGCCACUGACCAGGAAAAACAAGCUACACAAGAAACGGUCCGUUUGCGGACGAUACUUCAGGAUCGUCAAAACAAGAUGGAUUCCAUUACGGAACGAAUACUGCUGCUGGAGCAACGUUGGACCAAGGUUAUGCAAAUUAGGAACUACUAUUACUUACUGAUGGAUUCUCAAUGGCGCUUGGAGAAUGACUUCUUCCAUCGUGCAGCGGAUGGAUCGUUGUACACGGUGUCUGAAAGCAUCAAGAAUUGUAAAUCCAUCUUUAUACGCACCGAGGGUACCAAUAUUGGAACGGAAAUAGCGGCAUUCUAUUUGGAGAAAACAUUCCCCGAACUGGCACGGCUGCCGGGAUGUGAACCGGAUGCCGCUCUACUGCAGCGCGGGCUAACGCAGCUAAACUUGCGAACGAUCGAUUUGAUAAACAAAUACAACCAGAAGCUGAUGGUGUUUAGCAAGAUUGACUACCAUUACAAGGAGGUACUGGAGCAGUUUCCUCGCUACUUUACCAAUCAUCACGAUUUGCUUAAUCUGUACGGUGCCAAGAUGGAGUCAAUACAGAGCAAGAAUGAGAAACUGCGGACGCAAUUUCAUGAUUUACUGGGUGAACCGCUCAAGCUGUCGGUGUACAAUAAAAUCAUGCGCAUCACUACGUCCGCUGUCGGUCAGCUGUAUCUGUUCGUUCGCAAGCUACAGCAUCGUCAGGUUGAAAUCGUGGAAAUCAACGCCAAGGAUAAACUGUCCGCCAUACAUCAACACAUAAUGGACUUACUUUCCGAGCUAGAUCUAUUGCCACUCGAUGUACUGAAGGAAGCGGAAAAGGAGGCGCGCAAGAACCGAAAAACAUUGUUCAGAGAGGCGAACGAGGCAUACAAGCGCAAGCAGGUGUUGGAUUUGUUGCGCAAGCAACUACGGUUCCACGUGAGAAAAUAAUUCACUAGUAAAUAGUAUAGUAUAUAAAUAUAUUUUGAAAUGGGUUCAUUUUAUAGUAAACAUAAUAUUCAAACUUAAUUUUGUAUUCUUAAUUACUAUUCAGCAACACUGACACUGACUGAUGUAAAAACUAAAUUCAGUGGAGUAAUUUUCGUAAUCCUUUUUUUGCAGUAAUAUUUAGUAAUUGUUAUAAAAGUAUAAAAAUAAAAAAAAAUUAAAUUAAGAAAAAGAUCGUUUAUCUAUCGAAUUCUUUUAUGAAUCAAAAAUUAAGCAAUAUAUGUAGGAUAAAUGGAAGGGAUUAUUAUUUAUACUUCCUUUACGGUUGCACUUUAGUCUACGAGUUCACCACGAUAGAGAUUUAGUUGCAUUUAAGCUGCCUUAAGCUCGAAUUUAAGGCGUCCCAUUGUGGCAAAUGACUUCAUGCACCAUUACUGAACCAAAAUUUUCCCUCCCCGCUUUGAUUAGCCGCUGGUGAAAGGUAGAUGGGCCCUUAUCAUUAUAUCAUAAACUAGCAUCAAGCCACAGAAGGCUUGUGGUUGGAGCGGGUAAGGUUACUCUCCGUCGUAAGAGGUUAAUCCCAUCCUUCGGCAAAAGCCCCAGAACCGAUAACGAGCACAAAGUCGUCGAGUGUGUGUCACGUAUGUCGAUGUUGAGCUCUAGUUGUAACUCUAGGCGUUGUAUGGUGUAGGUUGAAGUGUGGUCACAUAAAUUUGAUGCGUGAUAACUAUCGAACCAAAGGCUUCGGUUAGUCCGUUGGAAAUGGGGGGUAGGGGGGUGUUAUCUUCCAACGACGAGGUUAUAUGAAAGACCUUGCUGAGGGUGCGUCUUGCGGAGGCUAAGGUGUGAACGUGCCUUUCCCGGCAUUAGAAAGCAGAACCCGGAAGGUAAAGGCACAACUUUUUAUGAGACAAUUUUGUUGUAUCCGUUUUUUGUUGGUUCUUGUGCAGCACACAACAUAGUCCUUUAAUCAGUGUACGGCAAGAGGGAAAUGGAUGUUUUGGGUGGGUUCGUAAAGGUGUGGAACGCGCCAAUUGUUCUUGCUUGCCUUUCCGGUCACAUAAUUCAAUAGAAAGCCCAUCUAACGGGCUGUGUAUUGACCGCUCUGCUGCUUUCCCCUAUCGUAACUAAAGGUGCUGCUAAGGACUACCAGAGAGAAAGGUGAAGACAUCGUUGAAAUCUUUCAACUAUUUUGCCGGUUUUCGCAAAAGAUGAUCCUCGGGCACAAACUAGGCACUUCCGGGCUGUAAGUGAUCCUUUGCUACGGAUUGUGAUUGUGCAAUAAUGCUCGGUGGAUUUCGGUCUAUGUUUGUUAUCACCCUUUGCAAAAAAAAACACAGACUCCAACAGGGUCGGGGAAAGAAAGAAGGAAGGGAAUAAAACUCACGAUUGGUGUACCGUUUUCAAUCCUCGAAACCCAAUCCGCACACAACACGUUCGACAAUUCUUUGGUGCCGCUUCCGAAAUGACAAUUCGCCCAAGACAAUUUAUGGAAUUUUUUGGUUUCCUUUUAUCUUCCACCGGUAGGGUGGGAUGAUGGGAAAUGAAAACACUGCGACCUGGUACGAUGGGCACACUUGAUAGACGAUACUUGGCGAUGCGAUUGAGCAUAGUACGCGCGAGUACGCGCCGGCACUACGAGUAUGAGGACAUUCGAGCCGGAUGGGCUAAAAACAUUUUGGGAACGUUCGGGAAGCUAGUGGUGCGUCUUUUUUGGGGUGGCUUUAGCUGAGUGGAUCGGGA